GAUACCAAGGCUGGGAUAUCGAUAUUUGGAUCGAUCCGCCCACCACUAGCCUUGACAAAGUACAAGGAGAGUAACGUUAUCGAAUUUGCUGAGGGUAAAUCUCACACAUUUUACACACACCAAUAACGCACAUGGCUUCAGGCGAUGCUUGUAAAGUGUCUUCCCUGAAGGGAAAGGUAUGCUUGAUCACAGGUGCCAGCUCUGGGAUCGGUGCGGGUACGUCCAUUCUAUUUGCUCAGAUGGGAGCAGUACUUGCUCUCAAUGGUAGAGAUGUAGAAAAUCUGAAGAAAGUCGCCAAAGAGUGCGCGGAGUGUGGUGCGGGAGCUGAGCCCCUGCUUGUACCUGCUGACCUGACUGAUGAGGACGCAGUGAAGAAGAUGGUGGAGGAUGUCAUCGCACACUUUGACCGACUGGACGUCCUGGUGAACAACGCUGGUAUCUUAGCUUUGGGUGGCAUUGAGACGUCAGACCUGGCGACGUACGACAAGGUCAUGAAUAUCAACGUCAGAUCUGUGUACCAUCUGACUCAACUGUGUGUGCCCCACCUGGUUAAUACCAAAGGCUCCAUCGUCAAUGUAUCCAGCAUCAAUGGACAGAGAUCGUUCCCUGGUGUCCUGGCCUAUUGUAUGUCCAAGUCUGCAAUUGACCAAUUCACACGCUGUGUCGCUCUGGAACUGGCAUCAAAGCAAGUUAGAGUAAACUCUGUGUGUCCUGGUGUGAUUGUCACAGAAGUGCACAAAAGAGCAGGGCUGAAUGAGGAUCAAUAUGCCCAGUUCCUUGACAAAUGCAAGCAGACCCACGCAUUGGGCCGACCGGGCACAGUAGACGAGGUGGCCCAAAGUAUUGCCUUCCUGGCAUCUGACGCUGCCAGUUUCAUUACCGGAGUCAACCUUCCCAUUGACGGGGGACGCAAUGCUAUGUGCCCACGAUAAUUUUUUUACAUACAAAUAUUAAAGCACAUCCCAGAUUCCAUAAUCAUGUUUUUCUUAAAUAGCAACUCAUACCCAAAAUACAUGACAAAUAAUGAUUAAGUAGUGUACAUUUUUAAAAAUAUCAUUUAUUGAACAGAGUUUGGCCAGCCUGUUUAUAUUGUCGAGUAUUUCUUUUAAGUACAGAAAACUUGCAGCACCAGGUAUCACCUCCUUUUCAUACACCGG